AUGCAAAUUGAUAUCCAACUGAUGGUGUCAUUUCCUAUGUUUCGAACGAAUGAAUCAACAAUUGCAACUCGAUUGCCGAACUUGAUGACACCGAUGAUGUUGAUUCGAGUGCACGGUGAACUUUCUGAUGAUCUAUUCCAAAUGCUGUUUAUUGGUAUAAUGUUGAUUCCAAAAUGUGUUGGAUGGAUACGACUUAUCCUUAUUAUCUUGGGAGCAUGUAUUUUAAUAGGAUACGUUUAUUGCCUUCAUUUUUUCCUCCCUCCCCAACAAACCUUUGAGGAAUCUUAUAAAUAUCUUCUCCCGAGAGAAGCCGAGAUUAUUUUAAAUGUUAAAACCAUGUUAUUCUUCCAGCUCCCGGUGAAUAUAGAGGCUUGA